AUGUCGGGACAUGAAUAUUUUAAUCGUGAUUCAUCCGAAUGGAAUGUAUUAAAAUUUUUGAAUGCAUGCAACAACAUAGAAACUUUCGAUAAAAAAAUCGACUGUUACUUGAAAUCACUUGAAACUAUUGCUAACAAUGAGCAAGAAGAUACCACCCGGCAAAAGAAAGCGCAACAUCUUUUAAAUAGAUAUAGAUCGGCAAUAAACAAAAUCUUUGUUGAUGUUCGGCUACUAGCUGACUCACACUGGUUUCCUGGGGCACAGCGAUGGAUGAUGAUGAAGGAUUCUGAAUCUCGCGGUCGUCGAUCAUUCAAACCUUUGUUGAUGUUUGAGCUAACUCACACUGGUUUCUCGGGGCACAGGUGGCUUACUAGGUUGCCUGAUGGAGAGAGAGCUGAUUACAAACUUGCGAAAGAAUGGGAACAAGAGUUUAAAUCAAAAGUAUCCACCAAUAAUGACAAUACAUAUUUAGAAAGUACCAUCAGGGAUAACAAUGAAUUUUCAAACCCGAAUGAUCAAAACAAAGAAAAUCAUGAAAUUCAGAUUAGGUCAAAACGUACAAAAAAGAGAAUCUCAUAUAUUGAACCAAAAACCGAUGAUGAAGAAGAGGAAGAUGAGAUAUUAUUAUUCGAACCUUCCGAAUUAUUAAAUAUCCGAAACAAAGUGAAAGAAACCGAAAGAAUUUCUGCCGGCUGGGAGCAUAAACUGCUGAAAUGGCAACGACAUAAUCUUAAAAAAUUAUCCAAUGGAAUUCAGCACCCAUCAAAAAAAAAUAUACAUAGUAUUCUUUCCGCAUCUUCGAUUUUUUAUUUUCAAAAGGAAAAUGAGCAAGCGUAUAAGGGUUUUUUAACAAUGGAUGAGAUUUCCAACAUUCAAAAGUGCAUCACCUCGAAAUUUGAAAUGAUAGAGAUUCCGGAUGGCGUAAAGGAAUUUGUAAUCGAAAAUACAAAGGAUUACCAACACAAUAGUUUCGAAGAAAUAGAACGAUACCUAAAACAACAUGUCGGAAAUCAAUUUAAAGAUAAGUUGUUAACCAGGGCAUUUUUUAGGCUUUUGGAGGAAUGC